GUCACUGAGGUCAGACGGAUGAAAGAUGGCGAGCACCUAUGAAAGCUUCAACUUGCGCACCACACCUGAGAAGUUCUAUAUCGAGGCGUGUGAUGAUGGCUCUGAAGAUGUCCUGGCUAUUGACAGGGUGUCGACGGAGAUGACCCUCACAGUGAAAAGGGACAUCCCCGCCUCUGCUGAGACCAGGCCCAUAUGUGGACUCAUGGGGACUAUCCGUUUGGUGGCAGGCAUGUACCUGAUUGUCAUCACCAAGAAAAAGAAGGUGGGAGAUCUGCUGGGCCAUGCUGUGUGGAAGGCUCUGGAAUUUGACGUCCUCUCCUACAAGAAGACGAUACUACACCUGACAGACAACCAGAUGCAAGACAACAAGACUUUCCUGUCCAUGAUCAACAAUGUGCUUCAUACAGACGGCUUCUACUUUGCAACAGACUACGACCUGACCCACACUCUGCAGCGCCUGGCCAACACCAGCCCCGAGUUUCAGGAGAUGAGCCUUCUGGAGAGGGCAGAUCAGCGGUUCGUCUGGAAUGGUCACCUGCUGAGGGAAUUCAUCACACAGCCAGAGUUACACAAGUUUGUGUAUCCUGUUGUCCAUGGCUUCAUCACCAUGAAGUCCAGCUGCAUCAAUGGAAAGGUGUUUGAGUGGAGUAUUAUCUCCAGGAGGAGCUGUUUCAGAGCUGGAGUCCGCUACUACGUCCGAGGCAUUGAUUCAGAGGGCCAUCCUGCCAACUAUGUGGAAACAGAGCAGAUCGUGCAGUACAACAGUGCCAAGGCGUCCUUUGUUCAGACCAGAGGCUCCAUCCCCUUGUACUGGUCCCAAAGGCCUAAUCUCAAGUAUAAGCCCAAACCGCAGAUCAGCAAAACAGUAAACCAUAUGGACGGAUUCCAGAGACACUUUGACUCACAGAUCAUCAUCUAUGGAAGACAAGUCAUUUUGAACCUGAUCAACCAGAAGGGCUCAGAGAAGCCUCUGGAGCUAGCAUUUGACAAGAUGGUGACCAGCCUGGGAAAUGGCAUGAUCAAGUACAUCGCCUUUGACUUCCAUAAGGAGUGCAGUCGGAUGAGGUGGCACCGUCUGCAGAUCUUAGUGAACAUGGUUGCUGAAAUGCAGGAUGAAUUUGGAUAUUUCCUGGUGGAUGCAGAUGGGAAGGUGCUGAUGAACCAGGAGGGGACUUUUCGGAGUAACUGCAUGGAUUGUCUGGACCGUACCAAUGUCAUCCAGAGCAUGCUGGCCCAGCGCUCAAUGCAGUCACAGCUCCGGAGAAUGGGAGUCCUCCACAUUGGCCAGCAGAUUGAAGAUCAGGCAGACUUUAGGAAGAUGUACCAGAACGCCUGGGCAGACAAUGCAGAUGCCUGCGCCAAGCAGUAUGCUGGUACUGGUGCCUUGAAGACAGACUUCACCAGGACAGGGAAGAGGACUCAGUGGGGGCUGCUGAUGGACGGCUGGAACUCCAUGAUCCGAUAUUACAAAAACAACUUCUCUGAUGGUUUCAGACAGGACUCGAUCGAUCUGUUCCUGGGGAACUAUGCCGUGGAUGAAGCUGACUGGACUACCCCCCUGCAUGACCCCAAAGACUGGAAGUUCCUGACGUUGCCUAUCGUCAUGGUGGUAGCAUUCUCCAUGUGUAUCAUCUGCCUGCUAAUGGCUGGUGAAACCUGGACCGAGACUCUGGCCUAUGUUUUGUUCUGGGGAUCAGCCAGCGCGGUGACGGGCGGCCUCAUCCUCUUUAAUGGACUGGACUUUGUAGAUGCUCCUAAGCUGGUCCAGAAGGAGAAGCUGGACUGAAUGUGUGUGUGUGGAAAGCAGCUGGGCCCCAGCGAGCUCACUGUCUCAUCCUCCAGCUCCUCAUCACUUUACCCCCAGCAUCAGCAUCAGCAGGCCUGGAGCCUUUACUAACAGAGGGUGGAGUGGAGGAGGGGGGGUGGGAAGCGGGGCCGGCCGCGUGUACGACAAUGGCGGAAGGACAGAGACAGAGUGCACGGGUCUGCUGCUGUCCACACUGCAGCUGCUGUCAUGUGGACAGGCCUGUCUGUCCACACUUUUACUGGACACUGAACCUCUGGAGUAUGUUCUUACUGGAUGUGAUUGUGGUUGAUUUCAGAGGAAUGCUGUGGGACCUGCAGAGAUGUUUGUCCCACUUCAUUCCCUUCAUGGGUGCAUUGGGAUCAGAUUCAGAACAGCUGCUGUGAUGUCACAGUCCAGCUGUACGCGUAUUACUGUACGUACUGUUAAUUUUCCUUUUGUCUUUUUCUUUUUACCAUUGCCAAUAUAUGUGUAUCCAUGUACAGUAUCUCUGUCCCAGGUGAAACACUGCCUGCUUCAGAGUCUUCCAGACCAGUAGUGGAUAUAAGGCAGUCCUGUUGCAAAGGCUCCCAGAUAUCCGGCCUUCUUUGACAUCAAUUCAAAUUACACAGAAAGUAUACUGGAAGUCCUCAGUAUACCGAAUAUCAAUUGCCAAAAAGGUUUCAGCAGUGGACCACUUUCAAGUUAUAUUGUGGUAUAAAAGUUAAUGGUUAUCAUACUUUGUAAAUUUUCUGAUCUACGGUAUGAGAAAAAGGUGACUGGAUGGAGAAUUUCACUUUUAUUUUAGUUAUUUUCAAAAAGGGAGACUUUUUGCACAUACUUCCAUUAAAAUUAUUUCAAGCUUCAGUUAUAGUAAUAAAACAUUUGUACAACCAAACAAACCCCAAACCUUCUGUAUUCCUUGAACCCUUUUAAAUCUGGGCAAAUUGACUUGGUUUCUUUCAAAAACAUGGGAAAAAGGUAAAGAGGAACAAAAGAGGAAAUUACCCCGAAAACU